CAGGGCGCUCCCCACCUGGAGACCAUCCAUGGCCUCACAGCGAGGCAGCCGGAGCGGCAAGACAACGAACUACUCCUUUAACUACUCCAAACGGCGCCGGAGGGCGGCGGCCAUUUUCGAGCCUGGCGGGAAGGGGGCGGGCCCCAGCUGCCAGUUAUGCGGAGAAGCCCGGAGAAAGCGCAUGCGCUCUGUAAGGCGUGGCGCAGAGCGGCGGCCAUGUUGGGAGCGGAUCGUCUCGUGCGCCUGCGCGCUGAGGGCAUCGGGUCGCCCCGUCGUCGUGAGGGAAGGGGAGCGGCGUUAUGCCGCCCUCCGAGUUCCUGCCGGGGGACUGCAGGACCGUGCCUGGUGCAAAGAGCUAAUGUGCCGAGGGAAAGCAAUGAAGGAUUUUCAAGGUCCAGACUGUCGUUUUGUAAAUUUUAAGAAGGGAGAAACAAUAUACGUGUAUUACAAACUAAUAGGAAUGUCAACUGAACUUUGGGCUGGAAGUAUUGGAAGUGAUUUUGGAUAUUUUCCAAAGGAUUUACUUGAAAUAAAUCAUAAUUAUACCAAUGAGGAGCUAGAGUUACCAACAGAAGAAACAGACUUUGUUUGCUUUCAAGACGGAAGAGAUGAUUUUGAUAACUAUAACGUGGAUGAACUUUUGAAGUCAUCAGAAGAGGCGAUAGCAAAUGAAAGGGAAGCUGAAUCAAGUGAUCCAGGGACAAAACCAUCUGAAAGAACUGAAAGAGAUGAAGAGGAGGGAAAGGUUGAUACGGUAGUGUUCCAUGAUGCUUUGGAGACAGACAAUCUUGAACUAACAAGACUCGAAGACAAGGAAGCCCUUGCCAUGACAGAGGAGGCAGACAGUUCUCUUAAAGAAGGAACUCAAAAUGCUGAGAUAAACCCCACUGUUAAUAGUCAUGAAGAAAUCUCUCAGGGAGAACAAAUUGCACAUGAGCACUUACAAGGAAUGUUAAAUGAGAAUCUAAAAGGGCUAGAAAGUGAAAAUACCAAAAACUCUAGUAUUCCUCAGGGUGAAACUAGUCAACUUGACAAAGAGAGUGAAGAAAUCAAUGCCUAUACGCUUUUAAACAGAGAGCUCUCUGUGAACUUGAAAACAAAAUUUGGCUCAACUGCUGAUGCUGUUGUAUCAGAUGAUGAAGUGACUCGCCUCGUUACAUCGAUGGAAAAUGAUUUUAAUGAAGAUUUGAGCGUUAAUGCUUAUGAUGCAGAGGAGAAGUCAGACUUUGUAGAUCAGUUUGAAGAAAUUCCUUUGCUGUCAUUUAUGACAGAAGAAGAAAGCAUAUCCCUAGUGAAUUCAGAAGCUGAUGAAAGCAAUGGCUUUGAGUCAAAACAUCAUAAACUUGAUGAAUAUGCAAAUGGUGCUACAGAGCUACACAACCAAAGAGACAAUGAGGAAGCACGUGAUUCAGAUGCGUUAAUUACUAAUGAUGCCUUCAGUGAGAACAAGAAGUCGGGUGAUAGUAUAAAUGUGGACAUGUUUGAAUCUGAACAAACGAAGGAGAAGCAGGAUGAAGCGAUGCCAGUUAGCAAGAGAGAUGCACCAACAGCAACUCAACUUGAUGAUCUCUCCAAAGAGCUCAUUGGAAGAGAACCUGUAGGUGCAAGUGACACAGAUUCAAAAGAAAAAACAAACAAAACUGAACAGUUUGAAGAGCAGCUCAUGACUGAUGAAACGUUGUUGCAACCUGAAGAGCUGAAGAGUACAGCUGUGCCUGAUCCUCAUGUUUUGCCUAGUCCAGGAGAUGGUCUGAAGUUCAAAUCAUUUGUUGAAAGUAAGCAAGAGGCUUUAAGUCCACCUGCUGGUGAUGUAAACCAAAGUCCAGAAGAAGUGCCGCUUGCUGAAAUAGAGAAGGAAGAGGAAAAGUUUGAAGGUGACACCUUGAAGGAGAGCUCUGAAAGUAAUUUUAAGCACAGAAAGUUAUGGGAGAAAAUGAAGGAGCCUUCUGGUGAUGUUCCAGCAAAACCAGUGGAAAAUGUACAAAAUGCAUCUCGAAGUGAUGCAGGAGAUACUGACCUUCUAAAAGACAAACUGGAGCAAGGAAUGCCUGCGGUGGAAAAAGAAGUCCUAAGGCAGGAAGAAGAUUUGAAACAAACAGAGGAGGCUGACCCUGAGAAUCAAAAGCCCAUCUCUGUUAAGAAAGAGACAGAAAUAGAGAGGGAAAACACAAAAGAAACUUCUGCAAAUGAGGGAGACCCAAGCCACAGAGGAGCUGCUGAACAACCCAGGCCAUGGGAAAAUGAGACUGAGUAUUCAGAGGCAGAUGUGAAAGAAGAGCUUUCAAGAAAUCUUGGCAAGAUGACAAUAUUUGAAGAAAGUAUUCGGAAAAGUUCCCCUGAAGAAAAAUCAAAAAGUGCUACACAGAAUACUAAUGCAGAGAAUUCUACUCAGCAAGGAACUGUUCAUAUUGAUAAUGAAGACUCGGACAGACUCGGCACAAGUUCAGCUAGAGAAAAAACCCCAAGGCUAGAAUUGCAGUCUGAAGAGCCAGAUGCUGAAGAAGACCCUGACUUGAAGCAAGAGGAAGAACUACUGGAAGAUGAGAACGCUGCAAGUGCAAAGCUGUUGCAAGCAAGGCUUGCAAAUGUUCAGGGUAACACUCGGACAACUAGAAGUACAAAUCCUGAUUUAGGAGUACUGAAUGAAGCUGUUUCAGGAACUGGAAAUCCUACUUAUGAAACAGAAGAGGAAACAAACGCAUUUUCUGAGGAGGCUAAAAUAAGCAGGCUGCAGGAUGCACAUGAGGCUGGAAACAAAGAGGUUGACGAACCAGUGAGUGAAGAUACCAAAUUUGAUGAGAUUGAACGUGCCAUGGAAGACAACAAAGGGUCUUCUGAAGCUGAGGACCCAUCAGCUAUGGAAGAAUAUAUUUUCAAAUCCCCUGACAGAAAGGACAGCAAUGAGUUUAACCAAAGGAAAGACCAUCUCCCAGAGGGCAUUUCACUGGGAGACUCAAAAGAGACUCAAAAUUCAGAGGAUACAAGAAACACCCACCAGCAUUCUGCACAUUUCCCCAGCUCUGUUGACAUGUCAGCAGCCACAAAUGACACUGUAACAGACUACAGUGAGUCUGUGAAGCGACUCACAAUAACAAGAGAUUUCCUUGAUGAAAAGCGUGUGAUACGCCUACAGAAGUACCUUGGGCUCCAAAAUGUGAUUAGGAUUGAAGCCAUGUUUCAGGACAUGAAGAUAGAGAUGGAGCUUGCUCGAAAAGCAAGCCAGGACAAUGAAGAAAUAGAAAAAGCUUUGGACCAGAUACUUAAGUCUUCAGACUCAAGCAUUAUGGAUGUUGUAGGAAAAGUCCUGGAUUCCAGAGUGGCAGAAAAUCAAGAGGAGGUGGUAAAAGAAAUGGAUUUGUAUGAUGAAGAAAGUGCACUGAUGGAUGAUAUUCAAGAAUUAAUAUACUCUUUAAGAAGUAAAUACUCAUCUGCUAGUGAGAGUGUCCCACUUGCUUCUUUUCUAGAACAGAAAGAAGAUGAGCUGCAUGCUCAAGGUGCUGCAAAAGAAGCUGAAUAUGACACAGCUCCUGUCAGAAACCUACAUGGCAUUGAUGAGAGCAAUCAGAAGUUUCAGCAGCUUGAAGACAAGAGGCCAUUUCUUCCUAUGGAGGAGGAGGAGGAGGAGGAGGAUAAGGAGGAGGCAGCUGUUAAUAUUCUACCUGAGGAUGAGGAAGCCGCCUUCUCGGAUAACAGAGAAGCUGUAGAUGGAUACAGCAAUGAAAGAGGAUUGCUGCUGGCUGAUUCCUUUGGGGCAGCUGGUGCAGGAGAGAGUGCCAAGGGAGAUACUGCUCCAGACCACGCUCCGGGCGUCUCGCCCUCCCUCCCUCCGGACCCCAGCGCCGUGCCGCCUGGAGGCGGCGCCUCAGGAGGAGAGCCGAGCGGGGCGGCGCGCCCGCUUAACAGAAACGUAUUCACUGCCGUGUGUGUUGUUGGCUUUCAGCUGGCUGCCACCCUGCCUGAGGAUAUCCGUCCUGGGCCUGAUUUCCACGGCCUUCCGUGGGAGCCUGUCAUUGUCACUGCCUUAGUGGGGAUGGCCACACUUGCUAUCGUUUUCUGGAGAACCUGUCUUUCGGUAAAGAGUAGAAUGUAUCAAGUGACUGAAAAGCAACUGGCUGAGAAGAUUCAAAACCUCCUACAAGAAAAAACAGAAAUGUUAGACAAGUUUUCAGAAUGCGAUGAAAAGAUAAAGCAAGCAAAGGAAUCAAUGAAAGUGGCCCAAGAACAAAAAAGCAUUCUCUCAGAUGAAAUUGCGGGGCUUAAGGACACUGUCAAAGGACUAGAAGAAACGAAUCAUCAGCUAGAUGACAAAAUAAAAAGUCUGUGCACAAUGCUUGACACAGAGAGAAAACAGAAUGCGAAGAAACAGAAAAAACUCUCUGAAACCCAGAAGUCCUUGGAGAAGUUUGAAGAGGCUUUCAAUGUGCAUUCUGCAGAGCUGUCAGAGGUGCAGAUAGCCCUUAAUGAAUCUAAACUAAGUGAAGAAAAGGUGAAAGCAGAGCUUCAGCAUGUGCAAGAAGAGAAUGCUAGGCUGAAAAAGAGCAAAGAGCAACUGCUAAAAGAAGCUGAAGGUUGGAGUGAGAGGCACACUGAGCUCACUGAGCAGAUCAAACUGUAUCGGAAGUCUCAGAAGGACAUAGAAGAAGCACUUGCCUACAAAGAAAACGAAAUUGAAGUUUUAACUAACUGCAUUAUGCAGCUGAAGCAGCUUGACACAGAUUCAGCAUCUGAAGCCAAGAAGGACGGUGAAGGGCUCGAAUGGAGCGCAAGAGACGAUCUGGCCAACGGAGAGUUGCCAGAUAAUGAGAAGAUGAAGACUCAGAUUAAGCAGAUGAUGGAUGCCUCUAGGGUAAAAACUAUGUUAUCCCUAGUUGAAGAAGACAGAAAUUCUCUGCAGUCCAAGCUGAGUGAUGAAGUAGCAGCAAGACAUGAGCUGGAGGAGCAAAUAAAAAAAUUAGAACAUGACUCCUCCUCACUGCAAUCCGCCAAAGCUCGACUGGAAAAUGAAUGUAAAACACUACAGCAGAAAGUGGAGAUUCUUGGUGAACUUUACCAGCAGAAAGAAAUGGCACUCCAGAAAAAACUAACUCAAGAAGAGUAUGAACGCCAGGAGAAGGAGCAGAAGUUGUCUGCUGCAGAUGAAAAGGCCGUGCUGGCUAUUGAGGAAGUGAAAGUUUACAAGCAGAGGAUUCAAGAUAUGGAAGAGGAAUUGCUAAAAACAGAGAGAUCUUAUAAAAACCAGAUUGCUGCUCAUGAGAAAAAAGCACACGACAACUGGCUUAUUGCCCGCUCUGCUGAGAGAGCUCUGGCUGAAGAGAAAAGAGAAGCAGCCAACCUGAGACAGAAAUUAAUGGAAGUGAACCAAAAAACCAUCAUGCUUCAAAGGCCGCUAAUUGUAAAGCCAACUCCAGGCAGACCCGAUCGCCAAGUCCCACCACGACGAGUGCCCUUAAGUAGAGAUGGUUCUUUUGGUCCAUCACCCGUGAGUGGAGGAAAUCCAUCACCCACACAGAUGAUGGAAGUUCCCAGUAGGCCCCUUUCUGCUCCUCAGAGGGAAGGCUCGAGAGCUGAAUUUGGUACAGUGGUAGAUGGCCCCCCUGCUCCACGGAGGCCACCAGAGCUCCCUGGAAGGAUGUCCGUUCCUGAUCUUGGGCCUGCUGUAGCAUCCCUGAUCAGCAGUGGGCCGAGAACCUCCUCUCCUGCCACUGCAAAGGAUAGGGCGGUUAACGUUGGUCCCAAAGGCCCACCUUCUUUCCCUGGGACGCCCGUCAUGACUUCUCCAGUGAUGGGACCUCCGCCUCCACCACCAGUUAACUAUGGUCCACCACCAGCUCCUUUCCCUGGACACUACGGGCCUGGGCCUCGACCUCUCCCUGUGCCCCUAGUUUGUGGUGCUCCCUUACCACCACCAGCUGCAAGAGAUUUCUUACCUGGCCCACCCUUAGGAAUAAGAGAUCUGCCUCCCGGCCCACUGCCACCCUUUCCGGAUCCCAGAAGCUACAGACGUGGGCCCCCUCAUUUCCGACCCCCAGGUCCUCCUGGCCCACGCGACUAUCCGCCAGGCCCGCCACUACCCCCGCCUGCCUCCAGGGACUACGCACCUUCUCGGAGCAGAGACUUGCCUGCAGCAGGACCCAGGGAUUACCCUGCAGGCCCUGCACCGCCACCGGCGGGCUCAAAAGACUACACACAGCCUCCUGUGCAGAAGCCCUAACUGCAGCCUCCGGUUGGUCAGCAGCUCAACGGAACGGCCUCCCGUGCGCUUCCUGCGCACUGCAGAAACAGUGGUUGGUUCUCUCAUUGAAGCCAUUUGUUUCAUUUCAGUAUAUCUCAGUUUUUUCAGGAUUAAUUUUUAUCCAGUCGCUGCAAACAUCUUACGUGCAUUUAUGAUCACCUUAAACUCAUCCAUCCUCUUGGGCUGCAAGAACCUUUUUGUGAUGGACUUGAAUCUACUCUAAACGUGCAAUAGAACGGAAAUACCUGUGUGGCUAGUUUUAAUUAAAUGUAGCCUUUGUUACCAGUUGGUGAAUGAAUUAAUUUCUUGAAAAAUGUAAAUCAAAUCAUUUCCUGUGGAAAUAAUUUUUAAGUAAAAUGCCAUCUUACCUGCCUUCUCCAUCACAUCAUUAAGCUGCAGUUGUUGUAGGCCAGGAGUUUACAUGAGGACUGUGAGGUGUGGUUUUAUUUUUCUUUUUAAAAAAAAAACAAAACUGUCUGGUCAGAGAUCAGAAGCACAAAUGACACUGUAUUCAAAGGAAAGUUAUAAUAAAAAGCAAAAUUCCUUUUGCUAAACCCUGAA